AUGGAUUUCAAUGAGAUCUAGACAAAAGUUACCGUAGCUUUGCAAUAAUUCACCGAAUAUACUCAAAAUCAUUUGCAUGAAUAUGGAUAUUCGAUUUAUAUUUUAGUUGGAAUAAUUUCACUCAUAGUUGGGUUUAAAAUUGGAAAAUCGGAUAUAUUGGUUUCCAAAAAAUAAAUAAAAUAAUUAGAAUAAUUUAAGUAUCUGAAGGAAUAAAAGGAAAAAUCUAAAGAAUAGUUGUUAAAUGAAUUUUAAAAGCUAACCAAAUUCUCUAAAAUAUUUUAUUUUCUAAUUCUAAUAGGCAACUCAUGCAUAUACUAUUUUAAAAUAGAAGUAGGAAGCAUUGAAAUUUAGAUUGCUUUUAGCUUAGCUUUAAUUAUUCUAAUAGAAGGAUAUAAAGUAUAUGAAAAAUAUAGGUUAAGCUCAAUUAAACAUAAUUUGGAGCAAACUGAAAAAGAAACUAAUCAAAUUAUACAUGAAAUUCAAAAAAAUUUAGGAGAGGAGAUCCGAACAAUCUUAAAAAAAGAGGCUUUACUUGAGCAACGUGAUUUUAUUAAGAAAUAGUUGUAAGCUUCUGAGGCUCUAUUGAAGUAACAAUAUGAAGACAAGUAUAAAGGUUAGAUAGAAGAAUUGAGGAAAAAAAUUCUAACCCUUGAGAAUAAGGAAUAAUAAUAGAAGGAAGAAAUUUAAAAUUUUAAAAGAACGACUUAAAUUCAUAAAACAGAGCCUCUUAUUAGAAUAAGUCAAAAGAAAAUUGAAGAUGGCACUACUAAUCUUAGGAAAGAGAUUGCUCAUUUGGAAAAGGAAGGAAAAAUAUAAAAGGACAUGAUUUCAAAGGUGAUUAAUUUUGAGUGGUGUGGAGAUUGUGUCUCAAAGGAAGUUCAUUGCAUAAAAAAUUAUUUCCAAUAUGCUUCAAAAAUAGGGGUGGAAUAUUAAUAGCAAUUGGAUUAAUUAAAGUAGGAGGAGCAAGUUCAAAAUUGA